GAGCGACUCCGAGCAGCUUCUGAGAGACAAAACGAACAAUACUUCUGAACGCAGCCCUGAAUACACUCACUGUCUCACUUUUUCUCCUUCUUUUUCUCUCAUUCUAAAGUACGUCCGAAUGUACGUUUAUUUUGAUAAUUGUAGAAGCGUGAGAGGUCGACAAGAUAAGCUGAAUUUAAAUACGCAGUGAAAAAUAAACGUGCAACGAUAAUACAAAAUGAUACAUAUAAAUUUGAAAAAUUCGUUAAAUAUAAAAAGGUGUAAAUUGAUUUCCAAAAUUGACAGAUGAUACGACGCGAUCCAAAAAGGAAUAGCUAACGUUAUCUCCUGCGAUAAAAUAUUUCCACAGGUACAAAUAUCUGAUUCGACACACGUACCAGUGAACCUUGGAUUUCCUAAUGAACAUAUGACUCAUGUUAUUACGCUGUUUUUAUUACAUCGUUUUAACGCAUCAAAUGAAACAUCUGACCUCGAUUGAAUUCGAAUGCGCACUUUGCCCAGAACGCGAAAUAGUGAGGUGAUUCUUAUACGAACGUGACGAUCUCGAUGUUUCUACGUUAUUGUGAAAGACAUAUUGUGAAGAGAUAAUGAGCUGGUUACGAAGUAGCCCACUGCGAACAAGCUUCAGUAAGCAGCGAUCGAGAGAUUCGCCACCGAAAGAUGCUGAUCCAUCCGCAUGCUACGAUAGUUUCUGCAAACAUUCACAACAGAUUUAUGAAAUCAUUCUGGAUUCUUUAGGUGGCGUGAGUUCGGCGGGCGAGGACGCGGGUGAGGUCACCAAGAGAACUAGACGUGGAUGGUUGCCUCCUAAAGGUAUACCUAGUCAAGAUGAUGUGCUUGGAGUAGUUAAUCACAUUGAUCAAAUGGUGACAUUACUGAUACUGGAGCUGCGGGAUAUAAAUUUGCAUGAUCAUUAUCAACAUGGUAAUACCGCAACGCAUUCUCCCUGUUUAGAGUAUUUAUUAAGUGAAAAUCUACUUGUUAAGUUGUACGAUUGGAGCAUACAUACAGGAAGAUUCAAUAAUGCUGUAAGAUUGGAACAAAUAAAACUUUACGAAUUAUUGAUUUCACAUAGUGGUACUCUUCUUGCACACGAGCCAGUCACGAGGCCACUUUUGCGAUUGUUAGAAGAUUGUACAAACGAUGUUUUGCCGUUAGAAGUAGAAAAGAAAUUAGUAGUACUGUUGAAUCAGUUGUGUGUUGCUUUAAUGCAAAAUAUGGCAUUACUCGAUUUGUUUUUUCAUCCAACUGCACCUGCAAAGAACAAAUUUAUUAUAUUUAAUCUAUUAAUACCUCAUGUUCAUCGAGAGGGUGGUGUCGGUCAACAGGCACGUGACGCUAUGUUAUUGUGUAUGUCACUUUCGAAAAAAAAUGAUGAUGUUGGAUUAUAUAUUGCUGAGCAUUCCAAUAUAUGUCCUGUACUAGCUACAGGACUGAGUGGCCUUUAUUCUUUGCUUCCAAGAAAACUCGACAUUGAAACAGACGAUUGGCAUCAAUUGACACCAGACGAUGUAAAUGAUUUACCUGCGCUUACACAGCUCAUGAAUUCUUUAGAAUUCUGUAACGCGGUCGCUCAGGUGUCGCAUCCGAUAGUACAGAAGCAGUUACUUGAAUUUUUGUAUCAAGGUUUUCUGAUUCCUGUCAUAGGUCCGGCAUUGUUACAGGAUUCUCUUGGCUUGACUAUAGAACAGCUAGAUGCACAACAAUAUUGGAUGACAGUGGAAGAAUUGCUGACGGCCACAGCUUAUUUUGAUUUGUUUCUUCGAUCUGUAACUGAUCCUGGUUUGUUACGAUUGCUUGUUAGAUUUCUAUUAGAAGAUAAUUAUGAUGAUUGUAGAAUACUAGAUAGCUUAAUACAAAGGAUUUCUUCUCGAUCCAGGUUGUGCAUAGUUACUCUGGCAUUAUUCGAAACUCUGGUCAAUUUAAACUGCGAGGAUGUUAUGUUGGAAUUGUGUUUGGGCGCAUUAAAUCCGUGUUCGCACGUAAUGUUGUCUCAACGUAGUCGACUGAGAGAUAUAGAUCCUUUUGGACGUGCAGCAGAGAAAUUUUUAUCCCUGACACCAAGUUGUUGUGCUGUAUUCAUGUCACUAGACUCGCAAACAAAUUCUUUACCCAGCACUGCAUCGUCUACGUGCGAUAGACACGGAUGUAUUACGUCCGAUUUUGUAAAAUCGCUACCGGCCUCGAUAAACUAUGGCACUAGAUUAUCAGAUAGCUUAUACGGAAAUUAUCACGCAUAUCUUUGCGAUGCCAGACAAAAGAUCAAAGCCUGCCGUAUUGCGUGCUCCAAUUGGUCUUGCCAGUAUGAUGGUAAUUUACGUCGAAAUAGCAAUAUUAGUACCAUGACUAUGUUGAUAAACGAAAAUAUUGUAUCCGCUCAAUUGCAAAAAAAAGCAGAAGAAUCUAGAACAUUGGAAAUGUUUAAGAAUGUAAUGAAAUCAUGUGAAAAUGAUGACAAUACACCGCUGGACAAUGUACUAUUUAAUAUUCAAUCUUUGUUAGAGGGCAAAGAUUUAAAGAGCAAUGAACAUAAUGUAAAAAAUGAAUUGAACACCGACAUUACACUGUCUCUCGAUGAACAGGCACAAUUGGAUGCCGACAUCGCGGAGUUGUUAAACGAAAGUAUCGGAGUGACAGAACUAGAUACGCAAGAAACUUGUUUAGACAAAAAGGAAUCCGAUAAAUACAUGGAUGAUUCGACCACGGCUAUGAAUUCGCUUAUGUCUCAAGGUGAGAGCAGCGGCUACGAGAGCUUCGCUUUUAAAAGUUCGCCAGAAUCAACGCCGGAUAACGAGAUUAGCGAGGAUCGAAUGAGUGAAGAACACAAAGAAAUGCACAUUGUAAUUAAAAAAGAAAUCGACGAUAUUUCUGUUACGGAAUCAAAUCUUCCGAUAAUUGAAAUGGUGGAAACGUCGUUGAGUAAAUCGAAUAAGGAUACUUUAUAUCGACAAGAUGUAUUCAACGGACAGCCAAAUGUCGGCAUAUUUUUAGAUGUGGUUUUACGGAAAUUGGACUGUAUGACGAGUAAUAACUUGUAUGUCAAUUUGCGUCUCACGGGCCUCAUUAGUAGAUUGGCAAUGUACCCGCAGCCUUUGUUGCAGUCAUUUCUGUUGAAUCAUUCUCUCGUAUUUCAACCUAGCAUCAGAUCUUUGUUUCAGGUGCUCGCGUCAUUGAAGCACAAGAUUGACCAAUUUCUAUCGAAACAUAACAAUGUAGAUUUCUUGGUUGAACAAGCAAAAUUAUUUCUGAUUGGUCGAGAAAACAAAUUAAUAAAUGCAAGAAGAAAUGUAAUAGAAGCUACUGCUCAAUCAUCGUCUAAUAAAAGGCAUUCUUUGACCAAUGAAUCAUUUUCAAGAGUAUUUAAAAGAUGGGAGCCAAAGAGAAGAAGUUUAACGUCAUCAUUUACACAAAUGUUCAAACGAUCGAGUGGUAAUUUUGGUUCAAGUUCGACCAAUUCUAUCAAUCAGCCGUCCAGUAUAUCAGAAGAUCAGCUACAACUAGUCGGAUCUGGAUAUAGAUAUACGAAAGCUUCAUGGGAAUCGCCAAACGAAGUGACCCCAGUGCAAAAUGUUGUAUUGUGUGCUGUCAUAUUAGAUGAAUGGCUUAAAGAGUUGGCGGCAAUCACUCAGGAGCAUGCUAUUAUGUCUCUUACUGAUGAUAAUAAAUUUAAAUCAUCUUAAUAUGAACGUGAAUAUAAAACUUAAAAGAGAACAUUUGAAAGUAUCUUCUUCCGAAACUUUGUAAGAUCUCAAAAUUUUCGAAAUUUUCAAAACUUAAAACUUUUGAAACACUUGAAAUAUUAAUUUAAAAAAGAAAAUAAUCUGUAUAAAAAAUUUAUAAGAUAAUAAAUAAAAAUUCAUAAGAUAAUAAAUAAAAAUUCAUAAGAUAAUAAAUAAAAAUAAUUUUUUAAUUAAAAUGUUGAUAAUAUUGUUUUUUGCCAAUAAAAAUAAUUAUAUUUAUCUGUUUUAAAUGUUGAAAGAUUGAUUUUGUUUUAGUGAAAAAUAUAAUUAUACAUAAGCUUUGUGUACAAUUAUCAAAAGCAGUAUUUUUUGUUAGGAAAUAAAAACGCAAUAUUUUUUUAGAAAA